AUGAACCCCACCACUGCUCUCAUCCUCCUUGUCACCCUGACUGCGACAACACCUUCCUCGUUGAGCCACUGCACUGGACUACAAACAGACUACCAUUUCCUCGACUAUCACAAGGUCGAAACGGGAGGGAAGUCCAACCCGGACCGAAUGGGGGACUUUGAGUUCUGCCUUCCAGAAUCUCGAACUCUACUGCGUCAUUCCCUGGUACCCCGGCUCACCGACAGCGCAUACUGGGAACUCUUCAUCCGAGAUAAGGACUUACGUCGCAUCGGGUCAGCUGCCCUCACACUUGAUCACUCCUUUUACCGGCUGAAAUGUUAUAAUGGAACUUACCUACUCUAUAACAACGGAGAAGUCACACGCAGCCCUAACUGGACCGAGGCCGAACUGGGAACGGCCUCCCACGUAUACACAGACCCCAAUCACCCCUCCGAGAACUUGAUCUUUGGGUUCCAGUGCCUCCUCACGACCCCAAAACCCCACAAGCCCCAACUCCAAGGACUUUGCCUCAGACGAUUCUGCUGCCUUUGGAACUUGGGAGUCACCCGUGAUUGGAAGGGAGCCGACUACCUAGAAGGGUGGCACCAUCCCAUACACCCCUCACGCUCUCCUUCAUGGGACAACGUUGGGCCUCUGAGGUGCGGCGGCAUUGCCCGGGAUAGGCGGCUCCUAAAUACCUCUGACCCACUCCACCCAUUUGGCACUGCACCUCGACGACUAGGCCCUGCACCUGCCCUCCCAGGAGAAGACCUUCUUUCCUCCUGGGAACAGAACUCCUACAUCAAACUUCUCAGCCAGGUCGCUAAAGAAGCACCAUACCCCGAUUGCUGGAUUUGCGCUCAUGCUCCCAGCCACCUUCAACAGAGUCUACCCCUGGUCCCGGUGCCAGUGACCUUAGAACAAUUUCGCUCCGGAGAUGUCGUCUCCUGGAACCUAACUGCAUUAAAUCUAACACACCAAUAUCUGUACCUCACCGGCCCCACGAAAGGACCCCUUUGCCGCAGUUUCACUGGAGAGGGAACCUUCAUCGGAUCCAGUACCUGCAAUACUGACUUAGAAAUCCUAGCCGAUGGCCAAGUCACCAUCACUGACCCACGUGGUUCCCAGACCUUCCCCAAUCUCACCAUUGCAUGGGCUACUGCUGUCAGCCAACCCCCCACCUGGCAACCACAACUCACAGACUUUAUGCUGUUACAGACUUUUGCUUCAGGAAGGAUGGAAUCUUACCUCAGUGGCUUAUUCUGGAUUUGCGGACACCGCGCAUAUACUUGGGUGAGCCCACACAUGUCGGGCUCCUGUUUUGUGGGGUACAUCGUCCCCGGAAUUAGAGUUGUCCCACACCUGCCCCCGGAAGACAGAGGAAUAAAAGGGACCAAAACAGCUGUCAGACCUCUCAGACGUUGCUGCAAAUGGAGAAACCGUAGGCCGUGCCCUCUUUCCCGCCUAUGGAGCCGGAUCUAA